AUGGAAAAACUUUAUUUAUUGGUGUCAUUGAUAAUUGCAUUCCUCGUCUUGAGUGCUGCACGUAGUGACGGUGCAAUACCCGCGAAAUCGUAUCCAACAUCAGAUAUUACGCCGGACAGUACAACUUCGACCGGCAGCGGUGGUCUGAGUCUUGCUUCGUCUCUGUAUAUUGACAAGUCAACCAUUACGUGUUGUUUGUUGGGUCUUGAAAAUUUCUACGUAUGCUGUAUAUUUAGGGUACGGGCUAUUGCAAAAACAAUGGUCGAUGUUGUCAAUUUGGAACCAGUUGCUGUUCAACCUACUGCUGCCCUUAUGGAAGGAACGCUGUUUGUCAUCGACACUUAUGCUGUCCCAGUUAUGCACCGGUACUUUGUGGGAACAAGUGCUAUCGUGCGGGUAAAAGAUGUUGAUCGGACUUUGGCUAUUGCGAAGCGGUAUUUGUUUUGUGCUCCCAAG